AUGAUAUUAUUAAGAAACUUCUUGGUAAGAGGAUCUUCAAGACAGUUCUUCAAUGGUGCAGCCAAUAAAUUGGCUAGGAAUCCGAUGUUGAAAUCUGCCAGUUUCUCGAGUAUCGCGAGAACUAAUGUUGCAAACGGUACAAAUGUUUCAAAUUUGUUAUUAUCAUUGAACAAGUCACGUAAUGUCCAUACUUCAAGGAUAUUAAAACAAUCAUCUACCAUUUUAGCUGACUCUAUUGGUAAUUCUUCGAGAACUAAUGCGAAGCAAUUGCUAUCUUCUAAAAUUGUUGGCUAUUGGUUAAUUGGUACUUCUGGUUUAGUUUUUGGUAUUGUUAUUUUGGGUGGUUUGACUAGAUUGACAGAAUCUGGUUUAUCUAUUGUUGAAUGGAAACCAGUCACUGGUGCUAUUCCUCCAUUGAACCAAGAAGAGUGGGAAAAGGAAUUUGAAAAGUACCAGACCUCCCCAGAAUUUAAAGAAUUGAAUUCACACAUCGAUAUCGAUGACUUCAAAUUCAUCUUCUUCAUGGAAUGGUUCCAUCGGUUAUGGGGCCGUGGUAUUGGUGUUGUUUUUAUCUUACCAGCUAUUUAUUUUGCAGCAACAAAAAAGACUACUUCUCAUGUGAACGUAAGAUUGUUUGGUUUGACAUGUUUAUUGGGUUUGCAAGGUGUAAUUGGUUGGUGGAUGGUCUACUCUGGUAUUGAUAAAAAACAACUAGAUGAGAGAAAAUCAAAGCCAACUGUUUCCCAAUAUAGAUUGACAACCCAUUUGGGUGCUGCUUUCUGUUUAUACAUGGGUAUGAUAUGGACUGGUUACAACAUCUUAAGAGAAAUCAAACUGGUCGGCAACCCAAGGAAAGCUCUAGAGACUAUCAAACUGCUAGACUCUUCAAAGAUUCUUAAACUGAGAAAAGCUUCUAUCCAUAUGUUGUUAUUUACCUUCCUUACAGCUAUGUCAGGUGGUAUGGUUGCUGGUUUAGAUGCCGGUUUAAUCUACAACUCUUUCCCAAAGAUGGGCGCCACCUGGUUUCCAAGUUCCAGAGAAUUGAUGGACCCAAACUACGCCAGAGCAGCAGACAAAAGCGAUCUAUGGUGGAGAAACUUAUUUGAAAACCCAACUACUGUUCAAUUGAUUCACAGAAUUUUAGGUGUCUCUACCUUCUGUGCCGUCUUUGGUUUGCACAUGGUCUGUGUCAAGAAGAAGCACUUGAUCCCAAAGAGUGCCAACAACACUGUCAGAGCCAUGAUGGGUCUAGUUACUUUGCAAGUCGCUUUGGGUAUUUCUGUUCUUAUUUACAUCGUUCCUGUGUCUUUAGCUGCUAUUCAUCAAGCUGGCGCUUUGGCUCUUUUCACUAGUUCUGUAGUCUUUGCAGCACAAAUGAGAAAACCAAGAUUACCAGUUAGAAACGUUAUCACCGUUCUGAACAAGCAAUUGGAUUCAAAAACCGCUCAAAAGGGUAGCAAAAUCUUGAGUGAAGCUGCCAAAUUUAAGUGA